AUUUGAAGUCUGCUCUGCAUAGUUGUAAGAUGUUUUUAUUUUAUUUUAUUUUAAUUUUAGUAUCAUUAUUCAUUUGGAGCACUGGGCUGUUUUCCAGCUGUGAGUGUGGGUAAAUGAUUGGGCCAAGUUGGGCCACCCUUUGCCUCCUCACGCUCGCAGGAUGGCAGGGGAGGUGCUCUGGGUGGGUCUCAUGUUUAAUGUAGGCUCCUGCCUGGUUUCCUAUAUUUGCCGCCGGAUGUGGAUCCUGCACAGGAGCAUUCGAGGAGGGAACGGAGUCGUGCGUUUUGACUUAAAGUUCUUUUUUUUCUUUGCUCAUUAAAAGUUGUGCACAUGCAGAAUUGGUCUUCAAGUGAGCAUGUGAUACCUUUUGCUGGAGUGGGCAUGAAUGUAGACAUUACUUUGGGCAAAAAUGCAACUUUGGACCUCUUCAAGACCACAUGGAUGUACUGUAGGUCAGUGGAGAGAUAAUUCAUGGAGUUGAGUUUAACAAGCCUUAAAGUUUACCUCCACUAAUGCUUUGGCCAAACAUUUGCAUUAGAAAGCACCUUAAGUAUUGUUAAUAAAAAAAAAUAAAAAAAAAAGAACAGGAGUGAAAUGGAGCAAGGCAAAGUGGGGACGCAGCCCUCGGUGGCCGGCGGCGGCGUCGGAGCCGCCGGCGCGAGUGCAAAGGCUCCCAAACAUCUGUGGAGGCAGCAGAACCAGGCUGCGCUCUCGCCGCUCCACCACGCUCUCCUUGUGCGCAAGAGCCACCAGCGCGUCAGACAGCGAGGCUUCUCCGACACCGAGCGGUACCUCAAACCACUCAACAUGGACCGGACGUAUGCCGUGGACACGGGACACCGACCCGGACUGAAGAAAUCGCGCAUGUCUUGGCCGUCGUCGUUUCAAGGUCUUCGACGGUAAGCUUCGAGCGGAGUGCGAAAAGGUGGCGGGUACAAAUUGCUUCGCGAUGGGCGGUGUGUGCAGGAGCGACCGGGUCUUUUAGCAGCUCCGGUUCUUUUUUGCU